ACAAGAGUUCAGGGGUCGGGGGUCAUGUACACCAACGCGAGGGACAAUCACACCGUUGAAAGUGACGAAAUGUCAAGAGAAGUAUCAACCGAAACAACUUUUUAAGCGAUUGUGGUUAUCCGAACUUGGACUUACAUCUUGGAAAAGUUAAACAUACUGGUUUGAUUCAACAUCAGAAUGUCGUGAGACUUUGAAACGUGAACUUUCUGCUUGACUACCUGUCUCCCCGAGGUUAAGUUCAAACACAUAUUCAACCCUGAACACGUGACCCUCUAUUGUUACAACCAUGUUAGGAAGCUUAUUGGAAGUAGCCAACAAGAUCGCCGUAUCUCGUGGUUCCUGGGACGACGAUGGCAUCGACCAACUUCAUCACAUCGUCUCGGUGGCGUUAUUCGCCGCUCUGGGGGUGGCAGUAGGGGCUAAGCAGUACGUGGGGGACCCCAUCCACUGUUGGACCCCCGCCCAGUUUGCCGGAUCCCACCAUAGUUACACGGAGGGGUACUGCUGGGUCUCACACAUGUACUAUGUCCCCCUAGACGACCCCAUCCCCUACAAGGUGGAGGAUCGAUUCGACAGGGACAUCAGCUUCUACCGUUGGGUGGCUGUCAUGUUCCUCAUCCAGGCCGUCCUCUUCAAGGUACCCAACAUCAUCUGGAAAGAAGUCAAGACAUAUUCGGGGAUCAAUGUUCAGAAAAUUGUCCGAAUGGCUGAUGAAGCUAUGCUGUCACCUCCAAAAGAUCGUGCUGAGAAGAUUGAGAAUAUUGGUCACUUCAUUGAUCGUUGGUUGGUCACUUACAGGGUCUACAAGUAUAAUAUCCUCAUACGCAUGCGUGAGAAGGUCUCGGGUAUAUUGUGUUUCGUGCUGGGCAAGCGUCAUGGCACGUUUCUCACAGGCUUGUAUCUCUUCUGCAAGUUCCUCAAUGUCUGCAACUGCAUUGGGCAGUUCUUCCUGAUGUCACGAUUCCUGGGGUGGAACUUCUGGAACUAUGGAUUUGAGAUCAUUAGCAUCUUGAACAGUAAGGGGCAUUGGGAAGACUGGGAGCAUUUUCCCCGUGUAGCCAUGUGUGACUUUGAGAUCCGGCAACUCCAGAACAUCCAGCGGUUCUCUGUCCAAUGUGCUCUGUCCAUCAACCUGUUCGUAGAAAAGAUGUACGCCUUUGCCUGGUUCUGGAUGAUAUUCCUCGUGUGCGCCACCGUCGUCAACUUCGGCAAAUGGGUCUUUGAUAUUUUCUUCCGACGACGACGUGAACAGUUCGUUGCCAAGUACGUUGGUCUCGCUGAUGUGUCUGAUGACAACCAUGAGAAGAAACUGUUUAAGAAAUUUGUCAGCCAUUAUCUCCGAGAUGAUGGCGUGUUUCUUCUCAGGUCGGUACGGAACAACACCGGCCAUAUUGUUGCCCUGGACCUGGUCAAUAAUCUAUGGACUCGCUUCAAGGAUCAGCAUCUUGGCAAGGAGGAUGGUAUAUUGAAAUAAACAGUGUCAUGCUGACAUGUGCUUGUUCUCCCGCCGUACAGCCAGUGCUAAACGAUUUUAUAUCACACGGGUCCUGCAACAUUAUAUACAGUGUUACGUUUAAAUAUUGGAGCAAUAAUCAGAUGAUUACCAAUAACAUUAAGGAUAAAAUGGCACAUACGGUGAAGAAAACAUGUUCUCCAAAAUAUCACAGUAUGGGCUUGGUAAAUCCACCUCAAAGGAUCAUUGUGUAACAGGAGGGUGGUCAAGUUUGCAAUAUGUGUUAUGAAUACUGUUGACAAUGCAUGCAGUUUCAACUACUGAAACUGGACUUGUAUUAACAUGAUUAACAUGAUGUUUGUCACUUCCCCCCACAAAUGUAAAGACACUGGCAUUUAUUACAUUACGUCUUCAGGAACAUGGCACAUUGUAUGCCUCAUCUGACACUACGCAAUGGCAUAGAUAUUGCAUAUAUAAUAGUUCAUUAUCAGCCUACCUCUGGCAAUGACCCUACUUACCUCCCUUUAAAAGUGCUUUAUCUGCAGCAAGACGUAUCAAACAUAUAUUAUAUACAAUAUUUAUUAGUGUCGUUAUAUUACGCAUUUAACCGCUUUCGCAAAACAUGUCAAAAAUAAUUAUAUACGUUUUUAUGAAUAUUUUGGAAAUUUCAUGUAGAUUUUUAAUGGCCCAUUAUAUUUUCUCAUGUUAUUGUUGAAAUGAUCUGAUACCUAAAAGAUGGACCAUGUGAUAUUUAACAAUUUCUGCUUUCUGUGUACAGCUUCUUCUGUUGUCUCGAAGUUGUAGAAUCAAAAUGAAACAUUCGAUAUAACCAACUAACUAAUAAUUUAACUACACGCACUUGCAUUGACGAAAGUAACAUCAGUGGCCAUUUUUUAUGCUCGAGGGAGGCAUUGUCACGAGAUAACCACAGUCGUGUCCAUGACCUCGUGACUUCGAACUUCGAUGUAGGCAUAACCUAGAAAUGUCCAGCUUCUAUAUGGGCAUUGUCUCGAGAUGUCCACCUUCGAUAUAGGCAUUGUCUCGAGAUGUCCACCUUCGAUGAAGGCAUUUUCUCGAGAUGUCCACCUUCGAUAUAGGCAUUGUCUCGGGAUGUCCACCUUCGAUGAAGGCAUUGUCUCGAGAUGGCCACCUUCGAUAUAGGCAUUGUCUCGGGAUGUCCACCUUCGAUGAAGGCAUUUUCUCGAGAUGUCCACCUUCGAUUUAGGCAUUGUCUCGAGAGUAACACCUUCGAGGUAACAGGUUCGCCUGUUUUGUAUAUGUACUUUACCCAAAGGGUAUUGUCAUGUGUAUUAAUCCAUGAUAUUCAUGAGUAAAGCAUUGUCUAACCUCGAGUUGAACCUUGCAAACUCGGCAACAUGAUCAAAGUCUUCCACGAUGUUGCACAUUGUAUGAAUGUACAGGGUGAGUUAAUAGUAUGUUAUAUGAAAUAUGCAGAUCCUUAUGUCAAACAUAUGAUGAUGUACACAUUCCGUACAGUUAAUGCUUUGUAAAUACGUGUGUGGAAACACUACUUCUAGUCUGUGAUAGUUUCUGGGGCCAUGAAGAUGUUUCUCUCAUCAUUAUUCGUGAACGUGAUUCUUUUCACCAACAUCCGGGUAUUCCAACAUGUUUAUCACAAUCAUCAUACGGGUACUUCUUGAAAAAUGUUUCUCGUAAUUUCCGUUGCGAAAUUAUUUUGUUUUUCCAAAUGAUAUUGUUUUCACUUGUUGAACGUAUCUGUGGCAAAACGACGUCAUUUCAUGGAAUAUUGUCUGUAACAUACUGUAAGAACAUAUGCAUGUUAUUCUGAUGAGAGGCACUCUUUAUUCUCCAGUUAGUGGAAAAUACAGUUAGCAAUAAUACACAUAAAUAUGUCACUGUUUAAUGGAUUAUGGUGUACGGUUUGUAUUGCACUAGAACUCCACUCUCUUUCAGAGUGGGUUAAAGCUCGUCUCCAUUUUUGAGACAAUCAUAUUUUUAUCUUAUCAUUUACGCCCUGGGGGUAUGGAGAUAUCUCAUGACAAUACUCAUACAGGUUUAGGGCGCCGUUUUUAUGUUCGUGACUUUUCUUACUUUUCCGUGAAUCAAAUCACAAACAAGCAAUCGUCACAAAAUCCAUGUAUAAAUGGUUCUAUUGAGAAAAAUCUUUCAAACCUUUCUAACGAAAAUAUAUCUUUUGUUCUGUUUAGUUGUUUUGAAUGUUUAAUGUUUUAAUUUUCUCUUUAUAUUUUUUUUCAAUGUUAAAAACACACAACAAAGAUGCUUGUCUUGUAAACGGCACACGGAAUCUCCCGGGAAUUUUGUUUUCUAAUUUUAAAGCCAAUUUAGGGCGUUAGGUAUUUAAUGAAUGUGAAAGCGUGAGCUUCAUGACCGAGUGAUUACGUGUAAUCAAAUCCUUCAGAUAGGAAUGUAUAGAAAUACAUCAACCUCCACUGCCUAGCACAGCUGAUACUAACAAAGUUCUGCUUGAUAACCAUGUGUUAAAAAGGUAGCUAUUUCUAUAGAUAUACAACUUCUUUAUUACAAUGAAUGAGGGCAUUCAUUGUAAUAGAGAAGAUGCAUAUAACUAUCCCCCUUGUUCAUUGUACCAUUAAGUUAAUCAUUGUUUGUAUACUCGAGUGGCUGGGAUAAUGACAUGUUUACAGUGGAGGUCGAGGUAAUCUACAUGGGACAAUGCAUGGGAUGAAAGGAGGCUCUCCCGAUGUACAGCUAUGUGAUACUAUGUGGUAGAUAUCAUUUAAGCUUUUUUCUUCUAUUGUGAAUAUGGAUAUGGGUUUUAUCAAUACAAAAUAAAGACAACGAAAUAAAUUUUUAAUACAAA